UCCGUGAGAUACGGACGUGUUCCUCUCCAAGCGCAGCGCGCAUCUUUCCACAUCGAUUCUGCGAUCUUCGAUUCUCCGAUCAGCGAUUCUCCACUCGCUCCUCUCCGCGCUCUCGCUCUCCGGUAGUGAUCGUGAUAUCGUGCCGCGCGUCUUUCGAUUGAGAAAAAUAGAGGCGAGAAAAAAGGCGGUGAAAAUAUUACACAUUAUUUGGGAUUUUGGUUUGGCAAGAGAGUCUUCGAUUGCGUCGCCUGUGAGAUUUUGUCAUCGUCGUCGCCGCGAUCAUUGUUAUUCCGCGCCUCCGCCUACGCCUUAAUUAUUGCGAUUCCCCAACCCGUCGUCUUCGUCGUCGGCAAUGCCCAAUUCUAACUUAUUAAUUGCGUGACAAAUUCCGAAAGAAAUCUAUAAAAAAAAGCAGCAGAAAAAGCCGAAAUCCCAGCAGCAAUAAUCAUAAAUAAAUAAAGCCACGAAAAUGCAGAUCCAAAAGCAGAAACGAAGCCACAGCUUCGUCGCAAUGCUUUUGCUCAUCAGCUUUGCCGCCGAUUUCGCCGCUGGAAGGCCUGAUGUGCGUCAGUCGCCCUUCGCCCUCGAGCUGCAGCCGCCGCUGCUGCAGCCGGCGGAGGAGUCCUUCAACCCAUCGACAUCGACUUCGACCUCGACAUCAUCGGGGGGCCAGAAGACCAUCGAUAGCUAUGGCAACCCCAUCGACACUCUGCGUCCCAUCGACACGCCCGACGGGCGCAAGGUGGUUAGCGCCCAGGGAGUGCAGUUCGAGAUUCCCACCUACGCCUCGGGGAUCACAGAGAUCCGGCGGCCGGCCGAUGAUCUGCUGCCGCCGCACAUUGGUGAGUUGUUGACAAAAGCGGCUGGCGCCAGAACGGAAACGGAAACGGAUUCAGAACCGGAAAACCAGACAGAAAUAGAAACCAAAACCGAAACCGAAACCAAAACCAAAACAGACACAAAAGCACACACAAACCGUAGUAGCAGUAGUAGUAGUCCAAGUAGUCCCAGUAGCCACCGCACCCGCACCGCACCAGCCGCACCCAUUGGCACCACUAACAAGCUGGCCAAGCGCGACUCCGUCUCGCCGGGCGGCCAGUUUCCCAUUGCACCACCCACUAACCACCACGCCCCGCCCGCCUUUUCCUUGAUCCGGCUGAAUCCUUCCUUUGUAGGAGGCCCAGACUCGCCCAUCACCCAAAUUGGCCAGCCCCAGUCCCCGUCGCAGUCCCCUUCCCGGUCAGGUCCCUGCUCGAAUCCCCCAACCUCGUCCUCCCUUGUAGCCCCGGCAAAUUGCUCGAAAUUCAACUCAACUCCGAAUCCGAAUCCUCUUCAACCAGAUGCCAUCGCUGUGGGCCUGGAACCCAGCAGCAGCAGCUCCGAUCCGAAACCGAACUCAUUCCUUGGCACAGCAUCAGCAUCCACAGCACCAGCACCAAUUCCAGCCACAUCACUAACACCGCCCCUCCAUGAUCCAUCACCCGACACGACGACGACGACAGGCGUCGUGGAGGUGGAGCAGGCACACCUAGUGCCGCUUCCACAGCAGCAGGACCAGGAGGAAGCCAGUUCCCUGCCCGAGUACCUCAGAGAGCUGCAGCGCCAGGAUCCGAAUAUAGGCGGUCCCGUGGCCUGGCAACCGGCCGAGGAUGGAGCUCCACUGAGUGUUAUAGCCUGGGAUCUGUUGCCCCCUCACCAAGAGCAGGAGAAGAAGGACCAGAAGCAGGAACAGGAGCCGGUCAUCAUCACACAGCAGAACCAGCUGCCAUCAAAGAGGGUUCAAGGCGUCGUCGAUCCCAUUAGCCACAACAUACGCCUUAGCCUGAGCAGCGGCAGUGUUACCUCGGCGGAUCCACGGCCACAGGACCAGGAGCAGCAUCAAACUCAGAUCCAGUCCCAGACCCACACCCAGUCGCAGGAAGAUGGACCGGCAGCUCAUGGCACCAAUGCCCAUGUGGGAAGCACCACCACGCCGAGCAAUGCCAGCGGUCGCUUCCCCAACCGGCAGCGUGGUACGGCCCACUACAGCACCACCAGGAGCAGCAGCACCACUCUGAGGCCACGAACCACUACCACAACUACAACGACGACGCCAACCCAAGCCCCUAGCACAACCAGGACAACUCCCAGGACCACUACGACCAGGACAACGACCACUACCAAAGCACCCACCACGAGUACAGCGAAGACUACCAGGAUUCCCACUACCACCGAGGAUCCGGCCAACUUCUAUAGCCUGAUCAAUGCCGAUGAGUACGCCUACACGCUGCCCACUUGGUUGCAGGAGGUCACCGAUCCGGACCUAGAUGUGGCUGUCACCUUUGUGGUGCCCACCGACAACGAUCAGUAUAAUCACACGCUGGCCAGUGACCUGGAGCCACCUUACGAGCCUUUCGUCGACCUGGGCAACAUACAACUGACACCGCCACCCACGGGAAGUGGAGUCACUGCAGCUCCUCCGACAAGCACCACUCCUAGAAGCACAACCACAACCACUCCGCGCACAACGACAACAGCCAGGACAACAACAACAACCACAACAACGACUACGACGACAACCACGCGACGUCCGAGCACCAAGCGAACCACCACUGCACCCAUUCCCACCAAGCACACCACCCACCAAGCACAGCGUCCAGGGCCCCCAACGGCGAAACUGAUCCAAAACCCAAUUCAAUCAGCAGAUGCAACGCCGUCGGCGCAGGACCUGAGCAGGGGCAGCAGCAGCACCACCACGUCCAGUUCCCUGGACAUCGUCAACCCCUUCGACUCGGCCACGAUUCCCCCCUGGCUGCGGGACUUUGACUAUCCCGAUGUCGGUCCCGGCGUGCCCUUCGAUCCGAACAACUUUGGACCGGCAGCCAGCAGCUCCCCCACAAACCCGCCACGUCCCUUUACCGACCGCCUCCCGACCGCCUCCUCUGCUUUUCCAUCCAAAGUCACGCUUCCGCUUCCAGGCAGCGGCACCACUAGCUUCCCUAGCGCCGGCAGCAGCAGCAGCAGUAGCAGCGAGGAGCCGCCACUGGUGCUCAUUCCGCCCGCUGACCAUCCGGAUUCUGGCUUGGACACCGUCUCCGGCUCCGGUUCCGUUCCCCUUCCCGGUUCCUUGUCCCACACCAGUACCAACUCUAUCAUGCCUCUUGCAGCCCGCUUUGAUCCCCAGGAGCCCAGCAAUAGCAUUGGCAACGGGGAUUCCCCCCUGCCGCCUGUCAAGGUGGAGUACACGAAGAGCGACGAGGGCAAGGUCAUCAGCACUCCGGUGGCCUCCAUCCAGCGGAAGGCGGAGAGUGCCACCCCCGCGACCAGCACCAUCAGCAGCGGCACGAGUAACAGUGGCAAGUACACUGGAGGAUUUGGAGCCCCGGCGGGUCUACUGCGUCCACAAAAUGGCUCCAACUCCGGCAUCUAUGUGGCCGGCAAUGAGAACGAAUUUAGCAGCAUUGUGAAGGCCAACAAGGCUAGGCCAACAGUGAAUCCGGGACGCUACAGCGGCGGCUUUGGAGCGCCCAGCGGAGUUCUAUCCCCCCAGUCAGAGCCGCGUCCCUUCCAGGCUCCAGUGCACCAGCAUCAGGCGCAGGCAUCGUCCUCAUCGGGAGUGGCAGCAGUCGGCGGUGACCAACGGCGAACGGAGAGUAGCCGCUUUGGUGGCCCACCCGGCAUCCUUGUGCCCUUCGACAAUGUCCAGCGAACUGGGGGUCAAUAGAGGCAGCCGCUGGAGGAGGAACCACUCCGCAAAUAUUUUAAAUUAUUUAUAGCCCAUGUACAUGUACCUAUGCUAGAGAUCGGCAAGUCUGUGUAGGCGACCUUGCUUGCGAAAUAAAACGUCUCAGAAGUAACUAA